GUUGUGAGCAAAGGACAUUGUGUUUUGUAGAACCAUGUUAUGGAGUAGUUAUUAUCGACAAACUUUACAUAAGAUCAUUGGUUAUGGUUAUUCUCAACACUACUUUAUGCAACGGUUAGGAACAGUGAUUGGAUAUGAUUCUUUGGAAACUUUCAAGUUGAUACAAAAACGUUUAUUAUAUCAACGAGCUUGUUAUUAUUGUGAAGAUAAUGGACACAAUAACCAGAAUGACAAGAAACCUUCCAACAAAGCUGAAGGGUUGACUGGCGCAAGUCAUAACAACUCUUCUGGUAACAACGCUAUCACCCCUUAUCAACCAGAUGGAAAAAGUGCCAACAGUGAAGGAGGUUCUGGUAACCAACUACUACAGAAGUUUUCACGUCCUCAAGGACCCGCAGAACUUCCAGCCAUUCCUUUGUUUAGAAGGCCUUUGUUUCCUGGAGUAGUGGCACCCAUCACGGUUUCUGAUCCUUCUGCCUGUGAAACUUUUAUUAGCCUAUUUCGAUCGGGUUUUCGUUACGUGGGACUGUUUCUUCAUAGAAAUGCUGGACAAAUUGGAGCUCCUUGGUCAGGACAAGUACCCAAUCAGGCAACCGAUUCUGUGGAGUCUUCGAUGGAACAAAAGAAUGAAUCGGAUGAAGAAACAAAUGAAACCGAAGUGAGUCAACAACAAGUCAAAAAUGAGGACUCUCAAAGCACUAUCCAUCAACAUCCUUUGUUUACUAAUCCUUCCGAAUUGUAUCGAGUUGGAGUGUUGGCAGAAUUAUUUCGAGUCAUUCCUCGUUCAACUGGAAUCGAAUUGACUUUUUUAUGCCAUCAUCGCAUUAGAUGGACGAGUGUUGGGAAGAUAAAACCUAUUUUAUAUCUCCAAACAGAACCAAUUAGAGAAGAACCAGUGGAUAUUCAUGACCCACAAGUACGCGCCUAUGCUUUGGCUAUUGUGGAAACUUUGAAGGAAAUCAUGAACACCGGGUCGCUAUAUAAGGAACAAUUGCAACUUUUGUUGGAAAGUGUUGAUGUCAACAAUCCUUAUCAAUUAGCUGAUUUAGGAGCAUCGCUUACUUCAGCUGACCCACAUUCUCUUCAACAAGUAUUGGAAGCAAUGAAAUUGGAAGACCGACUGGUCAAAACAUUAAAUUUGUUAAAGACAGAAUUGGAAACUGCUCGAGUACAACAAAAGAUUAACAAACAAGUGGAAGAGAGUGUUUCGAAUGCUCAACGAAGAUACUUUUUAACAGAACAGUUGAAAUACAUUAAAAAGGAAUUGGGUUUAGAAAAAGAUGAAAAGGAGACAUUAUUGGCCAAGUUUCGAGAAAGAAUGGAAAAGAAAGCAAUUCCAAAACAAGCUAAAGCAGUUAUUGAAGAAGAACUAUCUAAACUAAGUCUACUGGAACCAGCUAGUUCUGAAUAUUCCGUUUCGAGAAACUACUUGGAAUGGCUGACAAGUUUACCUUGGGGUAUAACUACGUUGGAUAAGUUGGACUUGAAGCACGCUGAAAAAAUAUUGGAAGAAGACCAUUAUGGUUUGAAAGACGUGAAACAACGCAUUUUGGAAUUUAUUGCUGAGUUGGAAAGACAAGUGUUGGAAAGAGCAUCGCAAGAGCAUUGGGAAGAAAAUUUUUAUAGAUUUUCGGUGGGAGGAAUGAGCGAUGUUUCGGAAAUCAAAGGCCAUCGACGUACAUAUGUAGGAGCCAUGCCAGGCAAAUUGAUACAAGCUCUGAAAGUUGCAGGAUCUUCGAACCCUCUUAUUAUGAUCGAUGAGAUUGACAAGUUGGGAACGGGUUUUCAGGGAAGCCCUGCCGAUGCACUAUUGGAGGUCUUGGACAGAGAACAGAAUUCGGCCUUUUUGGAUCACUAUUUGGAUGUUCCUUAUGACUUAUCGCAGGUUUUGUUCAUCUGUACUGCCAAUUUGACGGAAGAUAUUCCACUUCCAUUAUUAGAUAGAAUGGAACAUAUUGAGUUGCCGGGAUAUGUACUUGAUGAGAAAAUUGCUAUAGCUAAAAAGUAUCUCGUUCCGAAAGCUAGAAAAGAGUCAGGCAUAAAGGCUACCAAUGUUGUCAUAAGAGACUCUGCACUUCGUGCAUUGGCCGAAGAAUAUUGCAAAGAGCCAGGAGUAAGAGAUUUGCGCAAUAAGAUUGAUGCCAUUUAUCGUAAAGCGGCAUUAAAGAUUGCCGAUGAUUCGUCUUCUAGCAAACAAAAGAUAUCCAUUUCUCAAUCUGAUUUGACUGAAUAUAUUGGAACUCCACGUUUCAAGGAUUGGCGGAUUUACGAAAUGACCCCUGCUGGUGUUGCUAUUGGACUGUCUUAUACUCGGCUGGGAGGUUCUCUUUUAUACAUUGAGGCAAUUGAUACUGGUAGUGGCAAGGGUUCUUUAAAAACUACCGGUAGAUUAGGUCAAGUGAUGACAGAGAGCACAGAUAUUGCCUAUUCUUUUGCCAAAGGUUACCUGAAAACGGUACAGGCAGCCAACCGCUUCUUUGAAACUGCUUCCAUUCAUUUGCAUUUUCCUGAAGGAGCUUCUUCCAAGGAAGGCCCCAGUGCCGGAUGUGCCAUUGUCACAGCAUUGCUAAGCUUGGCUAUGAAUAUACCUGUUUGUGAGAAACUGGCUAUGACUGGUGAAAUUACAUUGACUGGAAAGGUAUUGGCAGUUGGUGGUAUUCGAGAAAAAGUUAUGGCGGCUCGACAAGGAAAUAUGAAGACUGUAAUCUUACCUGCAGGGAAUAAGAGUGACUGGGAAGAGUUGGAUGACUGUGUGAAGAAUGGAAUGCGAGGAAUAUUUGUGAAAGAAUAUAGUGAAGUCUUUCAAGUUGCAUUUCCUUCCAUCAAGUUGGAACACAAAUCUCUCAAAAAGAAUUCUCAUCAGGAAGAUACGAGUAUUUCGGAUAUGAUUGCAGCAAGUCGAUUUUGGGGUACUCGAAAAGAAGAAUAUGAUGCUCUUGAUUCCCUUAUAUCCGACUUGUUGAGUUGUGUGGACCUUGUUCUAAUACUUAUUCGAACCGAUUUAGAUAAAACAGAUAGUUUGAACCUAUUGGAAAAGAACUAUUUUUCCUUAUUAGGAAACCAACUUGUAUUGUUAAGCACAAACCAAGACUAUACACUUACUCAAGGCCUCAACUAUUUGUUGACUACUGCUGUGAAGUGGUUCCAUGAAACCCAUCGACAGGAACAGAUGCCUUUGUUCUUUUUGGUUUCGGUAGAAAUACGCCCUAGUGCAUUUAUAAAAUAUUUGGUGAGCGUUAUGGAUGAAGACACUCUUUGUGCUGGCUGUGCUAUUCCUCAGGAACAUGCACAAGUACAAAGCAUAAGAAUGGGCUGGUUGGAGGCAAGGUUAUCGAUGCCAGAGGUUAAAACAAUAGAACCUGUUUGUUCAGUUUCUUUAUCUGCCUUUACUUGUCCUUGGAAUACUUGUUGUUUGUGGAAUAUGAAGCAUUUGCAACGAACAGGUUUCCUUAUGGUUGCUGAUUGGUUAACGCCACCAGGAAUGGAAGAAGUGUCUGUGAUUGCAGUGCAACAAAAGCUAUUUGGAAUAUUACGGCGACAAGUGAAAUUAGUAUAUCUUCCUAGUCAGUGGGCUCCUAUGAGACAUAUGGAAGGCUAUUCAUUGACGAGAAGGGAUAAUCAUGAGGAAAAGAUGCUUUCCAAACAACGUCGUACGCGAGAAAUUAUAGAGCAGUUAGGUAGUUGCACAGGAAAUGUUAUGAUUUGUGUGCCCGAAUUGUUAUAAAACACAAGUUUUUCACAUCUU